UACAAACACUCUGACUUCUCUCGGUAACGUUAAGGGACUACGCUGCACACUUUGGCUGAUUUUGUGACAAUAUUUUGAGAAGCGGGGCUUUUUUUUUUGGUGCCACGGUUGUUCCGGUUACCUGGAAGUUUUCAGUCCGGGAGCCCGCGCAUCUCUUCCCCUUGAGAUCUCGACUGGGGUGACUGUCAUGCUGUAGAAGAAUCUGCGGCGUGGGACUAAAGUUUGCGGUGCGCGUAAGAGGAACCAUGCAGGGCCAACACACCGGAGGACUGAAGAGCCUGAGGCUGCUGCUUCUGUGCCUCUUCUGCGCCAUCCUUGUCUCAGGAGCGCACGCGGGUGGGAAGAAGCACAGCGGCCCCUGCGGAGGAAGAGACUGCAGCGGAGAUUGUAAAUGUUUCCCAGAGAAGGGUGGCAGGGGUCAACCUGGGCCUGUUGGUCCCCAGGGUCCACACGGGCCUACGGGAAGACCAGGUGAUCACGGCAUCCAAGGACAAAAGGGCCACAAAGGCGACGGUGGCCGUGGUGGCAUCAUAGGUCCUAAAGGAAGCGUGGGACAAACCGGCGUUCCUGGGUUUUCAGGAAACGAUGGCAUACCUGGACACCCAGGACAAGCUGGGCCCAGAGGGAGGCCAGGUGCUGACGGUUGUAACGGGACAAAGGGAGACUCAGGUUUAUCGCGACAACCUGGUUAUAAUGGCUCACCUGGUUUUCCUGGACAAUCCGGCAGGAAGGGAGAGAAGGGAGACUCUCUGGAGCUGAGUGUGUACAUGCAGCGUUUCAGGGGAGAUCCCGGCACACCAGGGAUGCACGGAAUAUUUGGGCCUCCAGGAAAGCCAGGAUGGCAGGGUAACAGAGGCUUCCCAGGACCAAAGGGUCCCCCAGGGGGUCCAGGUCCACGAGGACCAAAGGGCACCAUGACCAAAGUGUUUAAAGGAAUCAGAGGAGACCAAGGGGACAUUGGACUUCCAGGCGUGCAAGGAAACUCCACUCAUCCUCAUUCUGGGCCCCCCUACGGACCCCACUAUGGAGUCAAGGGAAGUCCUGGAGAAAAAGGUCUGAAAGGAGAAAGCGGAGAUGUGGACCAAGGAGAAACUGGUGUAAUGGGAUUCACUGGAUCACGGGGUGAACCUGGCGCAGAUGGCAGACCUGGACCAAGGGGGGAUUCUGGUGACGCAGGACCAAGAGGCAGAGAUGGAUAUAAGGGAGUCAGAGGUGAACCAGGAGAGCUGAUCACAUCUGGAUCCUCAUGGUCUCCAGCAGCUGGACCUCCGGGUCCCUUUGGUGAGCGGGGUCCACAUGGAGAGAGGGGCCCAGUAGGAGAUCAAGGCUUCCCCGGACCCACAGGACGUCCUGCCUCUGACACACAGCAACAAGUGUGGGACUUUUUCGGGCCAUUUGGCAUAAAGGGGGAACAAGGAGAGAAGGGCCCAGAAGGGGGACCAGGGAGCCCUGCAGUCAGUGUAGGACCCCCAGGGGCCAAGGGGCGCCCAGGGUCCAUGGGCUCUCGAGGACGCACACAAACAUGGGAUGAGGUCUUUAAGGGGGCUCCAGGCGGGAGAGGAAGGCCCGGCAACGCAGGCUAUAAAGGAGUGAAAGGUGACCAUGGAGAAUGUGAGUGCAGUGUUGUAAACUCUCCAUCGGGACCACCUGGCCCUGUUGGGAAUCCAGGUGAUCCUGGGAUGACGGGAGAGUUCGGUCAGGAGGGUGAUUCAGGAGACCCAGGUCCCCAGGGCAAUGAUGGGUCCACUGGCUCUUCUGGGUUCAAUGGGGAACCGGGGCCAAAAGGCCAAAAAGGAAAAGCAAGUGUGGCCACACAGAAAGGAUAUCCUGGAGAUCUGGGGGAUCCUGGAAGAGACGGUGAGCCGGGAGCACAAGGUGUUCCAGGCCUAAACGGUUUACCUGGUUUCCCUGGUAGCCAAGGUCCUCCGGGAGAAGGUCCCUGGGGAGAACGUGGAGACAAAGGUUUCCUAGGUCUACCUGGUCAACCCGGUGUAGCCGGGCAGAGGGGAGAGCCAGGUGCCGUCCUUGGGGCCCUCAAAGGCCAGCGUGGUUUACCUGGUGAUGACGGUCUUGCAGGCUAUCAUGGAGUUCCUGGAACAACUGGCAGUCCAGGCGGCUGUAGUCCGACAGGAGCUGGAGGACAGGUGGAUGUAACAGGUCCUUGUAAUACACUUCCAGGACCUCCUGGGCAGCCUGGACUUCCAGGACCCACUGGAUUACCAGGUUUCCAAGGUCUACAAGGCCAAAAAGGACCACGGGGUAUACUUGGAGUUCACGGAGAGAAAGGAGAAACAGGAGAGCAAGGCGUGGGUGGCCGUCCUGGACCACCAGGUUUUGCCGGCCCACGUGGUGAAGUGGGAUUUCCUGGCAGCAUAGGUUCACUUGGUGUCCCUGGUUCAUCCGGUAUGCCCGGGCGACACGGGGCACAAGGUGAGAAGGGUUUUCAUGGAGAGAUCAUCGGGGCUUCACCUGGAGGCAGCGGUGAUUCUGGGCUGAUUGGGCUUCAAGGAAAUAAGGGCCAGACUGGGAAUCAAGGAGAUCCCGGAUAUCCAGGAAUGGGUGGCAUGCCUGGAAUGAUUGGCUUCAAAGGAGAGAGUGGACCUAGAGGACUGCAGGGGGAGCAAGGGAGGCCUGGGCCUGCUGGCAAGUAUGGCUACCCAGGUGAUCCUGGGCAAGCAGGUCAACCUGGGCCUCAUGGUACUACUGGACAGCCAGGUUUCACUGGAGAGAGGGGAAGUGAAGGAGAAUCAGGCCCUCCAGGUCCCAUCGGAUUAAAAGGAAUGCCUGGGGGGUACGGUGAUGACGGUGUCCUUGGAGAGUAUGGCUCAUCUGGUAAUCCUGGAGAGCCAGGUGCAGAUGGACGCCCAGGAGCCCCAGGAAUGAAGGGAUAUAAAGGAUCUUCCGGCAUGUCAGGCUUCGAGGGGAGCAGGGGUUAUCCCGGGGGGAAGGGCUUCGGGGGGCUGCAAGGAGAACCUGGAGUGCCAGGCCAAGUCGGCCUAAAAGGAGUGACAGGUCAAAGUGGACUGAAGGGUGAACGUGGUGUGAGUGGUCAAUCAGGGGAGAAGCCUCAGAUCCCUGCCAAGAUGAUUGUUGACAUGAAGGGUGUCAAGGGAGAGCGCGGACAUCGAGGAAAUCAAGGUUUCAUCGGGCCAAGAGGUUCUAAGGGUUUUCACGGUUUGCCUGGCAGCGGGGGAACUCAUGGUUUACCUGGAGAUCCCAGCAAUGACAAAGGAUACUACGGAGAUCCAGGUGCACAGGGGCUCCCUGGGAUCAAGGGAAUGCCAGGCCCGACUGGCAAUCGAGGAAUUUCAGGUUUUCAAGGAAUGUCGGGAAACAGGGGAAUUAAAGGAAGUCCCGGUGCCUAUGGUGCAACAGGAGACAAAGGCAGGAAGGGGGUCAGAGGUGAUAAAGGUCUUCAUAUAGACCUUCCAGGACCCACCGGACUGAGAGGAGAGGACGGCUUCCAAGGAGUUCUCGGCCAAACAGGACUGAUUGGAUACACUGGGGACAGGGGUGUUACUGGUUUUGAUGGUAUUGAAGGGAAAAAGGGCUAUUCAGGUGUUCCAGGAAUAUCAGGACAAGGAGGCUCAGACGGGCAGAGGGGAACUCCUGGUAACCAGGGUCAAAAAGGCUUUCCUGGAAUUCCUGGAGAAGAUGGCCGCCCGGGUUUUCCUGGGUUUCCAGGCAACAAAGGUUUCAUUGGCCUGAAGGGCCUGUAUGGAUUACAUGGACUGAAAGGACAGAAGGGUAUCCCAGGAACACCAGGUCUGGAUAUCGUUGGACCAGCUGGCGAGCCCGGAGUCAAAGGAGGAAAGGGAGAGAGCGGUGACCCCAACAGCCAGCUGGGCUUUCCAGGAACUGUGGGUUUGAAAGGCUUCCAGGGAACUCUAGGGGACCAGGGUCAUCCAGGGCCACCAGGAUUCCGGGGCCCCACUGGACCAGAUGGGACCCCAGACAGGCCAGGAGAGAGUGGGGACCCUGGUUUUAUAGGACGUGAAGGAUUACCAGGUUUCCCUGGACCAAGAGGAUUUCCCGGCGUGGACGCUCCCCCUGGAGAAAAGGGCAUAUCAGGAAGUAAUGGGUAUCCUGGAGUUAAUGGUGUAAAAGGAUCCAAAGGAUAUCAAGGUUCAGUUGGAUUCAGGGGGCCUAGUGGUGUUUCUGGGAAGAAAGGUGUGAAAGGGGGGCAAGGGAUGAUGGGAGUUCCUGGUCAUACUGGAGUGAAGGGAGAAAGAGGACCAGUUGGUCCAAAAGGAAACACUGGGGAACCAGGUUACCGUGGGUACCCAGGAAGCCAGGGUCCUGCUCCACUUCCCGAAAGAGUCCCGGGAGAGAGGGGCCCUGCAGGACCACAGGGUUUCCAUGGACCGGUGGGGGUGAGAGGGGAUAUAGGGCCACAGGGUCCUCCUGGUGAUGCAGGUUUCAUGGGACCCAUUGGGCAGAAGGGCAUGCCCGGGAUCAGUGGAACACCAGGAACAUCUGGAUUCCGUGGAGAGGUCGGAAGAAUGGGCCACCCCGGUCUGCAAGGCAUGGAAGGUCGCCGUGGCAGCCCUGGGAUCUCCGGGUUACCUGGCAUGGCGGGCCGCAGUGUCAGUGUCGGCUACUUACUGGUGAAGCACAGUCAGUCAGAACAGACGCCCAUGUGUCCAGUGGGUAUGUCCAAACUGUGGAACGGCUACAGUCUGCUGUACCUCGAGGGCCAGGAAAAAGCCCACAACCAGGACCUCGGUUUGGCCGGCUCCUGCCUCCCCCGCUUCAGCACCAUGCCUUUCCUCUACUGCAAUCCUGGAGACCUGUGUUACUACGCCAGCAGAAAUGAUAAAUCCUACUGGCUGUCGACAACGGCUCCUCUUCCCAUGAUGCCCGUGGAAGAGGGAGAAAUUAAACCCUACAUCAGCCGCUGCUCGGUAUGUGAAGCUCCGUCAGUUGCCAUCGCAGUCCACAGCCAGGACAUCACCAUCCCACAGUGUCCGGCCGGCUGGCGCAGCCUGUGGAUCGGUUACUCCUACCUCAUGCACACAGCAGCAGGAAACGAGGGCGGAGGUCAGUCCCUGUCAUCGCCCGGCUCCUGCCUGGAGGACUUCCGCACGACACCGUUCAUCGAGUGUAACGGAGCCAAAGGGACGUGCCACUACUUCGCUAACAAGCAGAGCUUCUGGCUAACCUCCAUCGAUCAGUCGUUCCACGCUAACCCAGCAUCAGAGACUCUGAAAGCAGGCCAGCUCCUGUCACGCAUCAGCCGCUGCCAGGUCUGCAUGAAGAACUUGUGAGAGACUCCGCAGAAACAAAAAGAAAUUGAUCCGUCGACGGUGGUCUUGUGUUAUCUCUCUAUCCACGAUAUACCAAAACCAAAGUGAGGGAUCUGAAAUACCGAAUUGAAAUCAAUGCAAACGGAGCUAAACCCUCUCCCAUAGAGCUCAGAUAUACAAUGACUGUGUGAUUCCUUGAGCUUUGAGUGAAACGUCCCACUGUAGAUAAAUCAGAAGCCACAUAACGAAGCCAACAACAUUAAUGGGAGAAGUAUUUUAUAUUAAAUGUGGAUUGGUGCUUACUGUUUUAACUUAUUACCUCAGCUACUAUGACACAGAUCAGACACCGUACAGCUGAACCAAAGAGGCCUGUGUGUAUGCACCGCUUCAGUUUAUCUAGAUGUUUUUAUUGUUUAUAGGGCCAUAAAACCACUGACCCCACUUCUCAGCCAUAUGAUGAGUGUCAUCUGAGGUCUCACUAUACCGCUUUUAUUCCAAUGCUCUUACAAAACCUAUUUUUAUAAUACGACACUUGUUUUACGCAUUUCCUUUAUCCGACUACUGCAAAAGUAGCACCGCAGCUCUUUUAUUUUUCUUGCACCGAAUGUUCAUACAAUGCACUGAUUCUCUUUGUAUUUAAACCAGCUGAACCAACUUGACCCAGGUCCCUAAGAGUUUUAAAUGUAUGCCUUAUCUAACAUGACUCACGCCACACUCCCUUUUCCUUUACAAAUCUACUAAUUAUUUAACCGCUGGCAACAGAACAGAACGUGAACAGCCUCGAUCAAAGGUCUGACUGCAGCAAAUCCUCGGUCUGGUCCCUGAUCCGGGGUUGUUAGUAUUUCACCCAAUUUAGAAAGUAGGUCAAAUGUUCCACUUCAUCUACAUUCACUUGUUUGGAAAUAAACAGUUUGAUGCGAAUGGAAAAACACUGACAUUUGUUUUAACUGCAAUGUAAUUAUGUUAAUUUCCUUUCAUUGGACUGUAAAAAAUAAAUAUUGUUUGUUAUA